AUGAAGCUUUCUCUCCUCCUCGUUCUUGCUCCCUUUGCGCUCGGUGCCCUCGUCGAAGAGCGCGGCGGCGGCGGCGGCGGCGGUGGUGGUGGUGGUGCUACUUGCUCCACUGCUACUGUCUGGAAGACGAACACGGUUACUUCGACCAAGAACUUGCCCCCCUACACCACCACGGUGUCCAAGCCCUCGUCGUGUGUUUACCGGACCACCACUCUUGUGAACGCCCCCACUACCAUUCCCGUUCUUGUCUACACUACGACGACUCUCAAGCCUAUCACUGUCACCAUCACCCCUUCCGUGAUCAAGACGGUCACCAAGACCACGUCCACUGUCACUGCUGCGUGCACCCCUACCCACAAGUACAAGAAGCGCCAGGAGGUUCCCGAGGAGAUGACCAACGCCGAGCGUCUUCGCCGUCACCUGCCCCUCAAGGCUCCCGCUGUCAAGCGUGGUGGUUCGCCCCCCACCAACCCUUCGUGCACUCCCAAGACCGUCACUUCCACCGCCAUCGUCACCAACACCAACGAGGCCUGCUCGACGUCGACCGCUACGUCGUACUACUGCACCAAGACCUCGGUCUACACUUCCAUCUGCUACACCACUGUCAAGUCGACCUCGACUGCAGUGAGCACCAAGCCCGCCCAGACCGUCACCAGCACCGCUGCGUGCGCCCCGACGACCACCACGACGACCGUUUACGCUCCUCCUUGCACCGUCACCCCCGCGUGCAAGUAA